CAUGACAUUCGCCUGAGACAGCAUCCUGCAGAAGUUGGUGCCGGUGUUGGAGGAGGAAACUGCAGUCAUGCUGGAGGAGUCUUGAAUGCUACCAAGGCUGCCUUUGAUGCAGUAGACUGCCCAGGGAAUGAAUGGAUGAAGAAAUGUGUCGCUUUCGGUGCUGAUGGGGCCAGCGUCAACAUGGGCAUCCGUAAUGGUGUGAUUGCCCACCUGCAAAACGAGGCAGGGAGCCACGUCAUUCCCAUCCACUGUAUGCCACACAGACUGGAAUUGGCCAUCCUCAACCUACAGAAGAAGGAAGCUAAGGUGGCAGUAGUGUAUGAUCUCCUUCAUCUUAUUUGGAAGACCUACCACAUGAGUGGCAAGUUAAAACGAGAGCUCUAUGCUCUCGGAGAACUACUUGGAGUGAACGUGUGCAGUCCCAGUGGUGUCAAGGGAACCCGUUGGAUCCCACACAUACACUGAGCGUUGAAUCCUGCGACAUGGACCGGGAAAGGACCUUGCCAGUGACCAUGAUACUCUGUGGUUCUUCAACAUAUGGAGCAAGUGGCAGCCUCACAGUCCAGUUCUGCUGAAGUUCAAGGGCGGGCAAAAAAGGGAAUGACACUGAAGGGGGAUGUCAUCAUCCUCACACAUCCACAGCUCAAGCAUCACGUGGAAGCUGCCGUAAACAUCAGUGUGGAUGCUAUCAAAGCCAGGUUCGGUGGUUUGGUGAAGGAUGAUGCCAUCCAUACAACACUGGACUGCUUCAGAGUCCUAAACCCUGACACAUGGCCAGAAGAGCCAGCCAACCUUCUUACAUUCGGGGAUGACAGCGUGGAAGAGCUGCUGGGGCAUUUUGAGAAGCCUCUAACAGGUGCACGGUGCAAUACAGCUGCAGUCCAAGAUGAAUGGCGACAGCUCAAAGUCCUGGUAAGCCAGAACUUCCGGGACAAAACCAACACUGGAUUGUGGCAGAUGCUGCUAAUGAAGGACCCCUACAAGCAAGAAUUCAAAAACAUACUGGAGUUGGUAAAGAUCAUGCUGGUGCUGCCGAUCUCAGCUGCCCAGUGUGAGAGAGGUUUUUCAGCCCAAAACUGGAUCAAGAAUUCCACAAGAAGCAGCCUUGCAGUCUCGACAACUGAAGACUUGAUGAGGAUCAGCUUGGAGGGGCCUUCGGUCGAGGAAUUCGAUCCAACUCCUGCAGUGGACUGCUGGCUGACCUCCAAACGGACCAGACGACCAGAUUACAAAAGCUGCUGGGACGAUAUCCUUUGUGUUUAAAGAGACUGAGCAGACUUUGAUUUUGCAUUUAGAACUACUUGGGUUGUAACUAAUUGGUUAAUUUCAUUUGAAAUUCAAGGACAUUAACCCCUUCCCCUCAGCUUUAAAAUUCAAGCACAUUCUGUGAACCCUGCCUGUUGUAUGAAUGUUCUGUUAUAACACAGGCCAAAUAAGCUUAACUCUGUUGUCAGUACUUGUUACAGUAUUAUUCACUGCACUUUUUGGAGAAUUUUACUUGCUGUUUUGAUACUG